AUGUCAGGGUGGGCUGGGGCCAGGAGCAGGGGCGUCCCCCGGGUGGAGGAGGAGUGCAGGUGCAGCGGGGAGGGGUGGGACAGAGGGCUCCCCCUCGGCAGAGGAGGGGGCCGGCGCGUCCGCACCCGGACAGACCCUGGCGAGCCGGGGCGGAAGGGGCGGCUCUGCCCGGCUCUGCCCGCACCUCCCGGGGCCGCCCGCACCGCGGGCUCGGUGAGGAGCCGUGCCGAGCUGGGGAACUCCGCCUGCCGGGACGUGACCCCCGGGGCACCUGCUCCGCCUCCACCGGGGCAGGCUGGGUGGUCCCGUGUCCAGACGAUACCGACAGCUCCUUUCGGUGCCCAGGUGUCCACAGCAGCUGCUGCGAUGGAGCUGGGGAACAUCUCAAAGCCCACGUACGGCCCUGGCCCCGAGGCACCGAGGAGCAGCACGCCGGGGCUGGUGACAAUGGCACACGGCUUCCUGCGGCUGGUGCAGCCCAACCCCCUGCCCAUAGAUCUGCUUAAUUUGGGGCAAUCCCAGAGCAUGUUCAGCCAGGAGGAUAUCCAAGAGCUGCUGCUCUACGAACUGGGUUUCCUCGUCUGCGCGGCCAUCGGAGUUCUCUUCAUCAUCCUGGUGCCGCUGGUGGGAUGCUGCUUCUGCUGCUGCCGCUGCUGCGGGAACUGCGGGGGCCGCAUGUACCAGAAGCAGGGCCGGCGGAUGGGCUGUCGGCGCCGGGCGCUCUGGGCUUCUGUCCUGCUGGUCUCCGCUUUCCUCCUGGCUGGGGGUGUCUGUGCCCUUAUCAGCAAUGCCCGCUUCUCCCAAGCUGUGAAGAGCACCUUCUCCAAUGUGAACAACACUAUGGAUGACGUCCAGACAUACGUGGCCUCCAUCCCCCAGCAAAUUGAUUUUAUCAUCAAGAAGAGCGAUGUCCCGCUGAACUACACUGACCGCAGCCUCCAGGACAUUGGGCCCAACCUGGGCGGUAUGAUCACCUCACACAUCAGGAGCAGCACGGACAGCGCUCUGGGAUCUCUACAGAGCCUCUUGCAAGGGAUGGAGACGCUAAAGGACACCUUUGACAGCAUCAACAUCAGUCGCUCAGUCCUCGAGGACCUGCAGAGCAACUACAGCCAGCAGUUGGUCAGCCUGCGGAAUGGGCUCAACCACUCCCUGCAGAACUGCGGCCCCCCCUGCAGCCAAGUGUCCCUGGCUGGGCUCACCUUCACCACCAACUUCAGCACGAUCCCAAGUGUGGAGCAGCAGCUGAAGGCACUGAGCGAGGUCUCUGACUCAAACAUAAGGAAUGAUUUAAAGGAGGUUAACAGAACACUGGACACGAUCCCUGUGAAGGUGCAAGAGCAGUCACAGGAAGUGGUGGCAAAGAGCCAGGAUCAGCUGGGCCUCAUCAGGCAGGAGAUCAGAAGCUUGCAGGAUAAGUUGCCACUCCUGAAUGUGGAGGAGAAAGUUGGGGUCUUGGUGAACAAUGCCACAUCAGCAUUGGAGCAGUACAGGGAGCCGAUCAUUGCCUAUGAUGGGCUCAGGAUGAUCGUGUGUGUCCUCCUGUGCUGCCUGGUGCUGCUGGUGGUCUUCUGCAACAUUUUUGGGCUGCUGCUGGGGCCCCUGGGGCUGAAGGAAGGCGUGCUGCCCACACAGCGCAGCAGCCUCUCCGAUGCUGGCGGGAACUUCUUCAUGGCAGGGGUUGGAUUCAGUUUCAUCUUCUCCUGGCUGCUCAUGCUGCUGGUGAUGAUCAUCUUUGUGCUGGAGGGGAACAUUUACAUGCUCUUCUGUGAGUCCUGGAACAACCAGCAGCUCUUACAGCUCCUGGACACCUCUGGCAUGAUCUCUAACUUCAAUCUCUCAGAGGUGCUGGGCCUGAAGGAUGGCACAGCAAACUUCUCAGAGAUAUACAGGCAGUGCCAGCAAGAUGCUUCCCUGUGGAAAACUCUGCACUUGGACCAGAGCGUGUCUCUGGAUGAGCUCUUGAAUAUUAGCCAGUACACAGGAGACAUCUCCACAGCUUUUGAUCAGAUGAACAUCACCCUAAACCCCAUUUCCCUGCUCAGCCAGGACCAGAAAGACCUGCUGCUGACUGCCAGUCGGGCUGGACAGCCCCCCAACUUCACCCUCACCCUGGACCAGCUGGAUCAGAAUAUAACCCAGGGAAGCCUCAUGAAUCUGGCUGCAGAGUUGGAACAGCUGGCAGAAGAAGUGGACACAGACGUGAAGAGGGACCUGGAAGAUAAAGCUCUUAAACUGAGGGAGCUGGAAAAGGAGAUGCAGGCAAACUUCUCUGGGCCACUGCAAAGUCUGAAGGAGAACAUCCACUCAGUGCAGAGUGGUGCUGCCCAGCUAGAGGGACAGACAACAGCUGCGCUGGACAAAGCCAGCGAAACCCAGGAGUUCCUGGAGAGGGAGAUGCCAAACAUCAUCAAGAAUGAGACAUGGGCCUUCCUGGAGCAGCUGUUGGAUUUCUUUGAGACCUACAUUUCAUGGGCCACGAGCAGUGUGACAGAAGAAUGGGCACGUUGCAAGCCCAUAGCUCAGUCCUUGGAUAAUAUGGAGGCCAUUGGCUGUGAAUUUAUCAUGGACUCUGUGAAUGCCUUCUGGUUCAGCCUGGGAUGGUGCACCUUGUUCCUGCUGCCCAGCAUCAUCCUAGGUGUCAGACUUGCCAAGUUUUACCGCCGCAUGGAUAUUGCUGAUGUGUACAGGAAUGAAGAAUUUGAGAUGCCACCAACAUUCAAUGCCUACAAAAUACCCAGGCCUUCCACAAGGCAUUAGACCCUGUCACCCACAGAUGGAUGAGGAGAUGAACAGACCCCCUCACUUGAAAAAUGUGAUUAUUUAUUUUUGCAGGAGCCUGCCUCUUUGCAAGACUGUAAUUUUUUUUGGGUCAAACAAUAAAUGGUGUGUCUGUG